GGUAAAUAGCUUCAGCAUACAAAGCAAAAACCUUAUCCUCUUGCACUAUUGCACAUUCAUGCCUAGUACACUGACUCACCUAAACUCCCAAAACCACCAGUCCAAGUCAACCCCCAAUCCAAAUCCUCUUCUAUAUCUAUGCCCCCCUUGUGUUUUCUGGUUACUUUCUACCUCUGUUUUUUGCAGUUUCUGAUUUCAUUUCUUGGGAGUUUUUGGAUAGAAAGAGAGAGAAGGAGAAUGAGGAAACCUUGCUGUGACAAACAUGGCACCAACAAGGGCGCAUGGUCCAAGCAAGAAGAUCAAAAGCUCAUUGAUUAUAUACGUAUUCAUGGUGAAGGCUGUUGGCGUUCCCUCCCCAAGGCUGCAGGUUUGCACCGUUGUGGCAAAAGCUGCAGGCUAAGAUGGAUAAAUUACUUAAGACCGGAUAUCAAACGCGGUAACUUUGCUCAAGAUGAAGAGGACUUAAUAAUCAAGCUCCAUGCCCUCCUUGGUAACCGGUGGUCAUUGAUAGCUGGUAGAUUGCCAGGAAGAACGGAUAAUGAGGUGAAGAACUAUUGGAAUUCUCAUAUAAAGAGAAAGCUAAUCGAAAUGGGAAUUGAUCCUAAUAACCAUAAGUUGAACCAAUAUCCUAUUCGUCCUCAUCCUCAGCCUGUUAUUCCCCCUAAUCCCACCUCCUUGAAUGUGACAUGUAAGCUUAGAGGGUCUUCGGUCGAUAAUGAUAGGAUCUCAGAUGCGGCAAGUUGUCUUGAAGAUGAAAAAUUCGGUGUCUCUAACUUGGAUCUAGAUCUUACAAUAGCAUUUCCUUCUGCUCCAAUCAAGGUUAUAAUUGAAGAGAAGCAGCAGACUAGAGCAUCGAUAGUAACAAGGGAUCAAGAAGAAAAUCACACUGCUCCUACCCUUCCUCUUUUUAGAUGAGAAAAGAAAGAGCCUGGUACAUAUGCAGAUUCUUGACCUUGGGGAGCUAGUAGACAAGUAAAAGGCCAAAUUAAGAAGGAAGCAUGUAUAUCAAUUACCUUCGGAUUAAAUGAAGGAUGAUGGAUAGAACCAUAUCUAUGUCAUUGUUUGUGCAAUUGGAGAAGAAAAUUAGCUGAACAGAUCUCUCUGAACAAAGGGUUGAAGCCUCUAGAAUUCCAGAUGUAAUCUAUUGAAUUGUAUUAUUGUAUAUAAUUUGGUAGAAAAAAAAACAAAGACUUCAACUUAAGGAGGAUGACAACAAAUAUUAACUGAGAAGAUAGAAAUGCAGAAAUUGAAGAUCAGUUCAUUGAAAAGGAUGCCUAGCUAGGAAAUGGAGCUUUUAAAUCAACUUAUUUUCAAUAGGUCAACAUAAUGUAGGAUGAGGGCAUGGCUUUGAUUCUUGUGUUAUGUAUUUGUAGUUAUGAAUGAUAUGAUCAUAAAGCUAAUGACCUAAUGGCAUCGAGACUUUCAACUUAUUGUACAAUUUUUCUGUUAUAUGUUACAUCAACGAUUAAAAGGUUUAACGAUGGGCAAAGGAACUGAACCUGGCAUUUCAUAAUUUUUUUUAUUUGAAAUUAUUAGGCCACUAGACAUGCAGAU